AUGAGCUUUCGUCUCAGGGUCGUUCGCGCCGAAGAUUCCUUCGUUAGUGCGCUGCGGGUGUUACUCCGAGAUCCUUGGUUUACUUCGCUCUGGACUUUACAAGAGAUGUUCCUUCGCGCAGACCCUUCGAUUGUGGUCAAGGCUGCAAAGUCGUUGGAGGGCAAAGGAGGCAAUGGCAACAACGUUGGGCUUGCGAAUCUGAUCGUCAACCAGCCGUCAACGGCCAGCGUCCCCUCCAAGAAAGAACACGCGGCAAUUUUCAAUCUGAUAGAGAAGCUAGGUCCGUACCAUAGGCUGUGGGAGAAAUCCAUGCUGCUGUUUGGCGCAGCGCGACACUGGCAGACACGAGAUCCCAACGAUCGCGUCUACGGCAUUAUGCAAACAUACGGAUUCAAGCUCGGCCGGUCCUUCCAGCCCGCAGAACUUCACCCUGGAGGAUCUCAAGCUCCAGCUUGCUACAGCUCAGAACACUCAGUCCACAAUGCUGCUCAGCUAUUGUCACACAGGGUAGAGUUGGGUAAAUACGGUGGAUGA